AUGCAGCGCACACUUCAGAAGCUCGUCGCGGUCCACGAGAGCAAGUACACCAGCGCUGACGGCCCUGCUUCUUGUCGCUGUGCGCGCCAGACCCCGCAGGCGAGCACUGACACCGUCGUUGAAGCGCACUCUCUUGCUGGCUGCUUCUACAACUGGUACACACUGGAGCUGUGGCACACGGCAACCCAAAAGAAACAACAGUUUGUUCGCGCUGACCUCAAGGCAGGCGUCAACAUCAUGAUCAUAGCAGCAGGGCGAGAGGUAGACGUACCAACGGCGCCACUGGAUCGGGACGGCGUCGCGUAUCGGCUGUGGAAGCAGCGUGUCUGGACGCUAGCGGAAGACUUGGACAAGAAGGUCAACGCUGCGCUUGGGAGUAUCGACGGUAAAGGCCGGUCCAAAACCGCGGGGUCGCUACGGAAGCGCUGGAGAAAGCUGCGCGUUGACCACCGCUCUGCGUACGACGCGCUCUGCUCAGCAUUUAUCACCCCCAAAGCGAACGGUGGCAUCGUCGACCGCUGCACACCAGCUAGUCACCAAUGGAAGCAAAAAAUCUUGGAGUCGUAG